AUGCCUAUCGCCGUGAUGACAGGCUGCAAUAGCGGCAUUGCGCAUGCGAUGGCCAAGAUUGCGUUGGAAGAUGGAUGGAAGGUCUAUGCGUUGGAUAUUGUACUUGGUGAUAAGCUGAAGUCCCUUGAGGAAAAGCAGUUUACUUAUGGUCCAUUUCUCCUUACACAAGCGCUGCUGCCGAACAUCUUGGCUGCACCAGAGCCCCGUCGCCUAUCGGUAGUAUCUUCAAGGGUUGGCUCGAUUGUCGACAACACUUCAGGCGGAUACUACGCAUACCGAGCCUCCAAGACGGCAGUGAACAGCUUCUUCAAGCCACUGUCGGUCGGGCUCAAGGAUAAGGGGGUUAUCGUGACCGUGCUGCAUCCUGGAUUUACGAAGACGAAUCUGGAGCCCGACAUAUGGAAGAUGCCGGGUGUUGUAGAGCCAGAGGUUGCGGCGGGUGGGCUGUGGAAGAUGGUGCUCGAGAAGGGCAUUGAAGAGACUGGCAAGUUCUGGCACAGGGACAAUUUCGAGCUUCCUUGGUGA